AAUUCGCGCCGAAAACAAAUGAUUGUUGCAAAAAUGUGUGUUAUGUUGUGAAAUUUGUGUUUACUUAUGUGUUUAACGUGUUUAAAUGGAUGAAAAGCGCUACAUAAAGCGCAAGGAGAAGGCGCGCACUGAUGGAAAUCGAGAGCAGCUAGCAGUGAGCUGUAAUCAACUGGGCGACUACUAUAAUCAGCUAGGCAAGUACAAUGAGGCUGUCAAUGAAUAUAAACAAGAGGCGGCAAUUUACGCCAGCAUGGGCAAGGAACUGGAGACGGCGAAGGCGAAGCGCAUGCUAGGAGAAAUGUAUACGCUGCUGUUUGAGUACGAUACGGCCAAGGAUUACAUUAAUGACUAUCUGAAAAUUGUAAAGAGGCUGCAAAACAAAGUGGAACAGCAACGUGCAUAUGCAACAUUGGGACGGGUGCAUCUUCUUCACGGACAGAGCUUGACGGACACAACAGCUUCGGGCGCCAUGGAGCAGUUGAAGCUAGCCGAAAAGAGCUUUCUUCGCAGUCUUCUGCUGAUCAAAGAACUUUCAGGUCAGAUUUCGAAACUGGAACAAUUAGAUAUGCAAGCACGUUGUUACCUCAACAUUGGCGUUGUGAAAGAACAUAUGGAGGAAUUCGAGGCGUCCAUCGAUUACAUUGAGAAAGCAAUUAAAAUCAGCAAGACACACGAUUUAUUCGAAUUGACCCAUUUGUGCUACAUUUCGAUGAGUCUGCUUUACAACUGCAAGAAGAACGACGCGACGUCAGCGUUGCGGUACUGCAACAUGGCACUGCAAGUGGCCAAAAGGCUGCCCAAUAAGGUGAAGAAAAUCUGCGAGACACUUAUAACCAAAUCGGACAUUCUGAUCCAAGCAGGAGACUUUGCCAGCGUCAAGCAAAUACUGACCAAGGCAUACAAGAAGCACACACCCGAUGAGAACGAUCGCGUCAGCAUUGAACGCUCCUUGCGAGUGGUGGUCAAGAUUUGUCAAACACUCGAUGAACUAGUGUUAACCAGUUCCGUGGACUAUGGCAAACUAAAGGACUUGUAUGAGAAACUGGGGGACGGAUGCUGUCAUCUUUUAAACUACGAAAAGGCGAUUGUCUAUUAUCAAAAGAUGCUGGAGUGCGCCAAGCUGAACGAGGAGCGAGGAAAGAGCCUGGUGCCAAUCUAUGUGAGUCUCUACCAGACAUACAAGGAUAACAAACAGUACGACAAGGCCUUGGAGUAUUUGUGGAAGGAAUUCGAAAUAAAUCAGGAUGUGCCCGCUGAGGCGUUCACGACACUGUGCAGCAUUGCGGAGAUUUGCGAACAGCAGGCGCAACCCUUUUGGACGGUGCACGAUGUGUACCAAAAGGCAUUGCGACAGGCAGCCAAAGCGGAUAAAGCCACGUCGGAAAAGCUAGAGAAGAUUGCAAUGGUGCGCUUGUACAAAUUGCAGGUGAAACACAAAAUGCAGCUGUUGGUGGAGAAUCUGGAGACGGAAGCCAUGGCCAAGGGCAUUAAUUUAGCGAUGGAAGCAGCUAAGCAGGAUGAGGACGAGGAUGCUGAUAGCGAUGUCGCAGCACCGCUACAACAGAACACACCCGACUGGGGCGAUGAUGUGGAUCUGGACGUGUUAACCGACUCCGAUGCCAGCGAUCUCGAUGAGACGGACAAACCGCGUCCACAGCGGACAACACGUGGCAAUCGCACGCUCACAAUCAAGCGCAACAACAAGGGAGAAACGCAGCUGCAUCAGGCAUGUAUCGCUGGCAAUCUGGAGCUGGCACGUCGCCUCAUUGACCAGGGACACACGGUGAAUGUGCGGGAUCAUGCUGGCUGGUUGCCCUUGCACGAGGCAAGCAAUCAUGGCUAUCGGGAUAUUGUGGAACUGUUGCUGGACAAGGGAGCCACAGUGGCAAUCAAUGACAAAGGGGGAACCAGCUGUGAUGGCAUCACACCACUCUACGACGCCUGUGCCAAUGGCUUUCUGGAUGUGGCCGAGUUGCUGUUGGAACGUGGCGCGGAUGCAACUGUACGCACGGAUUACAAUGAGACCUGUAUCGAGGCAUUGGACAAGUGGCGGAAAUCCAAGCAGCUGAUAGAUGGAGAGCAGGCACAGUAUGCGCAACUGCGAGAGACGCUGCUCAGGACACUGUCCAAGGUGGGCAUCUGCAGUCAGCGGCAUGCGCGUCCCUUGACCAAUGCCAAUGCACAGCCGGAGUCGUCGGUGUCAUCAGAGGAGGAAGAAGAGGAGUUGACACCCCGAAACAGACGCUCCUUAAUGCUUAAUCGUUCUGCGGGCUCAAGUGGUAGUCCGCGUCCGUGUCCAUCAUCAAGCGCUAGCAAGGAAUAUCGCAAUGUGAUGGCACAAUUGAAGCGCCCAAAUCGGGCACCCGCCAACUACGAUGAGCCAACCAGCAGCAGCAGUGGUGUUAGUAUUAAACAGAAGCGUGCUGCACUUCUCAACAAUAAUGAAGUGGACGCGGAUCACUGGUUGAUUGAUGAUGUGGGGCCAGAAAGAAAGCGAAAGCGUUACAACUCCGGAAGCAUCAGCAGUCGAGCAGCGAAUGCAAAGGAGAAUCUUCAAGAUUCUGCCUUGGCCUGGGACACAGAUAUUCAAGCCACGCCUCCCGAAUUGGAUGCACAUCAAGUGCUUUUUGAGGCGGCCAAUUCCAAGCAGCGUCAGAAGCAAAUGAGGAAACUCUCGCUCUCACGCUCCUCCAGCAUGAAUAGUAAUGCCAGCGGCAGCAAUUCCAAGUCCAAGCAGCAGGCAUCUUUGCUGGACAGCGGUUUCUGUCGCUUUCGCAGUGAAAGUCCUUUGGGCAGCGGCGAGGAUUCACGGGACAGUGUAUCUGUGGUGCGUAUUGAGCCAGAUUCCACCACCCAGAAUGCCGGCAUACAGCUGCUCAUCUCACCUGCCAAGCAUGCGUCACCCAUCAAAGUGCAGGCAACUCCAGUGCUGGCCACCACCGUAUCCUUCAAGGUGAAAGUGCAGGACGAGCUGCUGCUGGUGCCCAUUGAGCGCAAGAAGCUGCAGGAUAUUAACAUGCGCUGGUUGGCGGAGGAGUCAGGAAGACGCUACAAUAAAUUAACUGGUUUAACGCCCAUGCUGCGUCUUAAAACUUCCGAUGGAUUUGCAUACGAGGAAACGGAUGCAGUGAGCGUUGCCCUGGAGCAGAACAUGCUGUUGUCCACCAUUCUGGACUGGAAAAUAUCUCCACUCUCGCAGCGCUACGAAGAAAUGUGCCAUCAACUGCAGAAAGCUGUCGAUGUCAAGAUCAAGCUGCUGCUGGAGCGUUCACAGAACACACAGACACUGGAGCUGGCGGGUCUCUGGCUACGGGAAACGCAAACGGAGCCAGUUUUCAAGGCAUUGCUGCAUCAGGCGCGUCUCACGAUCUUGGAUUUAGCGUGCAACUUCAUUGGCAACGAGGGAUGCCAGCAGUUGGCCAAAGCGCUGCCCACUUUGCUGCAACUGAAGACACUACGACUGAAGUGCAAUGCCAUCAGCAAUCAGGGAUUGGAGGCGCUGCUAUGUGGCCAAGCAAUGGAGAAGCUAGAACAUUUAGAAGAGCUCGAGCUCAGUCAAAACCCGCUUGGAAAUGCCAGUCUCAGAACGUUGCAUAGAUAUUGCGGCAGCUCUGCAGGACGAGCGCUGACCACGUUGCAUCUGUCGCAGUGUGAGUUAACGGAGCUGCAGGACUUUGACUUGGCUUACACGCAACUGAGCAGCUUUGACAUUAGCUUCAACCAGCUAACACAACAAAGUGUGCGCAGAUUGACGGAUCAGCUCAACAGUUGCCGCUUGGAGCAACUGAAUCUUAGUUAUAUGCGUUGGCCACUCGAUGAGCAAAGCGGCUUUGCGUUGGGAGAGCGUUUGGUAGCACUCCUUGAGAGCGGCACCAGUGAGAGAUUUGUUCGCUUGGAGAUCGCCGGUUGUGGACUUAACGAUGCCCACAUCUACAAGAUUACACAGUAUUUGGCCAAGGCAAAGCAGCUGGAAUGGUUGGACAUCAGCGACAAUGAACGCUUAAGUGGUCCAGCUCUGGGUUACGUGCUGGACGAGCUGCCGCAAUUGCGUACGUUGUUGGCCACAAAUUGUAUACGAAUGAUGGACGAUCUGCGUCUGCAGAAACUGGAGCAACAGAAGCAGCUGCCCAAGCGCAUGGAUCUGAGCAUUGAUGAGAAGGCUUUUGCCUUGCCCGGCGCCUUGACCACACUGACUACGAUUUGGCAGCUGAAAUGGGGCGACAAGGCCAAGGUGAUACUCCCCAAGCGACAGAAGGGUCUGCUCCAGCUCUACGUUGACGAAAGUGAUCUGCAUUGGUGCACAUGAUGAAGUCAAGGACGUUGGAAUUGUCAUCUUUUAUGUUUGUUUCGAUUGUUAAAUAAAAAAGUCGCAAUAGUAUUAUUAUAUUGUGCGAAUGUAUCUACAA